UUGAAAGAGAAAAUACAAGCUCUGAAAUCAUAUUUCCAAAGUAGUAUUUGUAAUAACUUUGGUGCUGCAUCUUGGAUCUCAAUCAUGGUGUCUUUCUGUCUUUCUCAAUCUUCUGCUGCUGCUUUCUGCGGCUCAAUGACUAACAAAAAGAGUGAUGCAAGGGAUGGAUUGCAUAGCCAAAGGUUAAGCUUGGCGGAAGGAAUGAAUACAAAUAUUGGUAUGGUUUGUUUAAGGCUGCGCAAGGUUCAAAAAUUUGGAACCAUGGUUGCUGUUGUUCCUGGAGAAGGUGAUCAUGACUUGAGCAGCAAUCGAAAGUUGGAUCAUAUGACUGAGCUUUCCAGUGAAAGUCCACCAAUUUCUAUGGGAUUUGCAUUGGAGGAUGAUCAAGGUGAUGACUUUGAUCGUCCAACUCAAGGUUUUCAUUCCAUUCCUGAUGCUAUUGAAGAUAUUCGUCAAGGAAAGAUAGUAAUAGUUGUAGAUGAUAAAGAUAGAGAAAACCAAGGAGAUCUGGUAAUGGCGGCAGAACUAAUGACGCCAGAGGCUAUGGAAUUUAUAGUUAAGUAUGGCUCUGGCCUUGUUUGUGUUAGCAUGCAAGAAGAUGACGUUCAGAGAUUACGACUCCCUCUCAUGGUGCCGACCAAGGAUUACCAGGACAACCUUUGCACAGCAUUUACAGUUUCUGUGGAUGCGAAACAUGGCACAAAACAUGGUGCUUCGAUCAACGAUCGGGUAACCACAGUGAAAGCCCUGGCAUCAAGGGACUCCAAGCACGACGACUUUAAUCGGCCGGGCCAUAUAUUUCCAUUGAAGUAUAGGAAGGGAGGAGUGUUGAAGCGAGCUGGCCACACUGAAGCUUCAGUUGAUCUUGCUGUGUUAGCUGGACUGGAUCCUAUUGCCGUUCUGUGUGAGAUUACAGAUCAUGAUGGCUCCAUGGCCAAAUCUCCCAAACUCCGAGAAUUCGCAGAAAAGUAUAACCUCAAGAUCAUAUGUAUUGCUGAUCUAAUAAGGUUCCGGAGAAAAAGAGUGGAACUAAUCGAAAGCUCUUCAGCAGCAAGGUUGCCUACAACGUGGGGAACGUUCAAAGCUUACUGUUAUAAGUCGCAUUUUGAUGGCAUUGAGCAUGUUGCAAUGGUUAAGGGCGACAUAGGAGACGGACAUGAUGUUCUGGUGAGAGUUCACUCAGAAUGUCUAACAGGAGACAUAUUUGGUUCAGAAAGAUGCGACUGCGGAAACCAGCUUGCACUCGCAAUGAAGAAGAUAGAGGCGGCUGGAAGGGGAGUUGUCGUGUACCUUCGUGGACAUGAAGGUCGGGGAAUAGGUUUAGGGCAUAAGCUUCGUGCGUAUAAUCUUCAGGAUGCUGGUCGAGAUACAGUUGAAGCCAACCUAGAUCUAGGAUUGCCUGUUGACUCGAGAGAGUAUGGGAUCGGUGCACAGAUAUUGAGGGACUUGGGAGUUAGAAGUCUGAAACUGAUGACAAACAACCCAACAAAAUAUAUAGCGUUAAAGGGUUAUGGUCUUACUGUAUCUGGUAGAGUUCCAUUGAUAACUCCUAUAACCAAAGACAAUAAAAAGUAUCUGGAAACCAAGCGUAAGAAGAUGGGUCAUGUCUAUACUCUGGACUUGCAUGAAAAUGGCAAUGGAAGCAGCCCCCAGACUGAAAAUGCUGAAACUACCAACUCGAACACUUCGGCAGACGAUGUUAUUGUUAAUGUAAAGAUGUGAUUCGAUUGGAAUUGUAAAACCCUAAUUGUCUUUUUUUUUUUAAUGUAAUAAUAAUAAUAAUAAGAUUUUAGGAGUUACCGCCAUGUAUUUAUACAACGAAUAAAAUUGUUGAUGCUCCUUCAACCUCUCUCUUGCAUAUCGUGGUUUUUUUUAUACGAAAUUGAUAAAGUAAUUUAUACUCAAACAAAAGGAAUACUUG